GGAAGUAGCACAAGGAACAUUUCAGCACUGGAAUUAUUUUGUUAUUUGUGAAUUUUCCCUAUAUAAUUACAGAGGACUUGAAGGAUCAAAUUAUUCAGAUUUCAAGACAGACUCAUAUCUGAGGUUUCUAUAGCUAUAACAAGAUUAAUUUCUUUUAUUCUCCGUGUAUCUUUGAUACUAGACGAAAUUAAAUGUUUCAUCCUAAAAGGAUGCUUUUAGUUAUUUCUAUAGUUAAAAGAAAUAUGAGAACUGUUGUUGUUAUACUAGGAAAGCAAAUCAUUUACUUUAUACGUUCUUUAUAAAAUAUAGAAAAUGAUUAGGUACUAAUAAUGAUAAUUGUGUAAUUGAAAUUGAUUCUAAAUAUGGGUUGGAAGUUGUACAUUGAAAUAUGCCAAAAUCUGGCCUUAUAAUAUGGGACAUAUUAUUUCAGUGGAAUAGGAGCUAGUCAUAUGAUCCACAAACGUCAUUCUAUUUCCUGAUUUAUGUGGAGUGACUUUUUUCCUUGAGUAAUGACCUGGUUAUUUUGGCUUGCAUCUGCCUGAUCUGGGCCAAAACUUGACUGAAAUCUUACCUGUGUACUAUUAUCUUGAGUCCUUGAGGUCACGAGGAGAUGCUUUUGAAGUAUUUCUCUUUAUAAUGUUAUCUCAAAUCUCAAUCAAGCAAUCUACCAGUUGACAAAAAGCAAAGCUGUUUAUUGCAUAGCAGUUGCAACUUGCAAGAACAGUUACUCCUAAAGUUUGCUUUAAUGACUAAAAUAGCUAUUGAUAUUCUUGCUUGACUGGUAACCGGGAAUCUUUUCUGUGUUAAUCUGGUUUGCAACUAUAGUGACACUCUUAUACUGGGUUUGGUUGCUGAAUCUUUUCAGCAGUGAUCAUUACAUCAUUUCACCUGUACAAAGCAACACAAUCAUAAAUGAUAAUAUAUAUCCACACAUAUUUUAGUUGCUUUCUCUUGGUCAGUGAUGGUAAUUAUCAUUGAUUUUUAGGUCAUAACUAUAUAGGAAUGACACACCUGCUUAUUGGGUUACUUUGUGAGAGUGGAAGUGCAAGUAUUUCUGAACUGGAGAAUCUCAGAGUUGAUCCAGGCAUCAUAAAUAAGGCUGAUCAACCUGAAAGAGAUAAGGAGCUAUGGGACAAGAUAAUUGCUCUAAUUGAUAAGGCCAACAAGAGGAGAACAGUAGAAAGUGAGGCAAGUGCUUCAAAUCUAGUAGUAGCAAAAAGGAACGUGAAACACAUUGUGUCUUCCUCAACAAAAGCCCCUGUGGAAAAUGCUUUAUUUGAUGGAUCUAGCCUCCCCAUGAUGGACAAGAAUAUUGGUAACCAUGUUAUUCCUCAGGAUGAAACUAUAAAAGACAAUAGCAAUGUGAUACAACUAAAAAACCAUCCUUCUCCCUUUAUUAAAAUCCCAUCGUGGGCCUCCUUGCAUCCAUCCCCCUCCAGCUCGUCAUCCAUGCCAGGUCAACACCAAAAUGGCCGCCUUGAGAGUGUCCACCUUCUUUCCCUUGCCAACCAUGGUAGAUUCAAUGAAGCUCGAGAGUUCCUAGAUUUGAUGGACUCUUCUGGCAUCAGUAUAAAACGGCAUGUGUACCAAUCUCUCUUUACAGCCUGUGGCAUCUCGAAAUCCAUAAAUGAUGGAAGAUUCUUCCACAAUCACAUGAUGAAGAAAAUUGGAAGUAAAGACCUUAAUACAUCUAUUGCUGAUUGCCUCCUUAAGAUGUAUGUUCGUUGUUUAGGCUUUGAUGAUGCUUAUAGAGUUUUCCAUAAAAUGUCUAAUAAGAUGUUGAGUAGUUGGAACAUCAUGAUUUCUGGUUUUGUUCACAAUGGACACCUUCAAGAGGCUCUUGAUCUUUUCUUGAGGAUGAAAGACGAGGGAUUUGACCCAGAUAUGAAAAUUUUUGCUUGCUUGCUGCUUGGGUGCACAAUAGAUUUGAAUGUUGAUAUUGGCAAGCAGAUCCACUCUUACAUGGUUAAAAUUGGGUUUUCAAAUGAUAUAUCUAUUGAUACAGAGCUUGUUAAUAUGUAUGCAAAAUGUGGGUACUUGGAUAGUUCUGCUCUUGUUCUGGAUCACAUGGUGGAGAGGAAUGCCACAUCUUGGACAAGUCUCAUGGUUGGAUAUACCCAGGCUAGUCGACAAUUUGAAGCACUGGUUUUGUUUAAGCAUAUGAUGUUGGAAAACACAGAGUUGGAUCCAUUUGUGUUCUCAAUUGUCCUCAAGGCAUGCUCUGAGUCGGGAAAUUGGAAGGCAGGGAAGCAGAUUCAUGGUUGCAUCAUUAAACUAGGAAUGGAUUCUGAUGUUUCAGCAGGAACACCUAUUGUUGACUUCUAUGUCAAUGAUGGCAAUAUUCUCGAAGCUCAAAAUGCUUUUGAUAGGAUCUCUCAACCCAAUGAGGUUGCAUGGAGUGCAAUUAUUGCUGGUUACUCACAAUUGGGUAGACAUGAGGAGUGCUUCCGGAUGUUCAAAUUCUUGAGGAGUAGAAACAUUACAUUGAACUCUUUCAUAUAUUCUAGCCUUUUUCAAGCUUCUUCAGCAUUAACUGAUUCAAGUUCUGGUAGUCAAUUGCAUGCUGAUGCAAUAAAGAGAUGUCUCAUUUCCAAUCUUGUUGGUGACAGUGCUUUGGUCACUAUGUAUGCAAGAUGUGGUGACAUGCAAUAUGCACAGAAAGCAUUUGAAUUGAUAGCAGAACCAGAUACUGUUGCUUGGACAGCUAUCAUUACAGGUUGCUCUUAUCAUGGUCAGGCUUCAGAAGCUUUGGAUUUUUUUGAUAUGAUGAUAAGUUGUAAUGUUAAGCCGAAUGCCAUCACAUUUAUUGGUCUUCUGAAUGCCUGUAGUCACACUGGUUUGGUUUCUUUAGCAAAAGAAUAUUUAGAUUCAAUGUACGUGGGUUAUGGUGUUGAAGCUACUGUUGAUCACUACAACUGUAUGGUGGAUGUUUACUGUCGUGCUGGCCAACUGGAGGCUGCAUAUGAGUUGAUCAGCUCUGGUUCCUUCAAGCCUGAUUCUAUGAGUUGGAAGAUUUUGUUGAGUGGGUGCACCACCUACCGAAACAUGGGCCUUGGUAAGAUUGCAGGUGAGAAUCUUCUUAGACUUGAUCCCAAUGAUACUGCUGCUUAUAUCCUCAUAUUCAACAUGUACACUGGAGCUGGAAGAUGGGAAGAGGCAGCCUUUGUUAGAAAAAUGAUGAAUGAAAGAGGAAUUAGAAAGGAAGUUAGUUGCAGUUGGAUAACCGUUAGGGGUACCAUUCAUAGAUUUAUUGUGGGUGAUAAACACCACCCCUUGACUAAACAUAUUUAUUUCAAACUGCAUGAGUUGGAGAGAUUAGUAAUGCUUUCUGAAUCUCAGGUUUCCACUAAUGAAGACGUCAGUAUCAUACACAAGCAGCGAAUGGAGCAGCUUCUUGACCAUAGUGAGAGGCUUGCAAUUGCCUUUGGGCUUAUGUCAUUACCUACACGCUGUCCAAUUACAGUUUUUAAGAAUCUUCGUGUUUGUAAUGAUUGUCAUUCUUUUACAAAGAUGGUUUCUAAAGUAACUGGACGUGAUAUAAUCGUAAGAGAUUCAAAUCGAUUCCAUCAUUUCAGAGGUGGAAGGUGUUCAUGUGAUGACUAUUGGUGACUAGGGUGCAAAUUUUCCUUCCAGAGUCAUCAGAAUCUAUUCUUUGUUUAGUAUACUAAAACAACCUUCUGAAAUCAAGUUUUCAUCCAGUUGAAAAGAAUCAGCCAUUCAGAAAAUAAAGAUCCUAAUUCAUCAACUGAAUGUAAAAAAUGAUGUCUGUACUUUUCUUAAAUUAUUCAGCCAGAUGAAGAGCAAGAUUCCCAACCGUGGCUAGACAGUUCUUCCUCUUGGAAAAUAGUGGAUGUCUGGAAUUCCUUGAUUCUCUGUUUUCAUCAUUGUUAUAUUUAAGGCAAUGUCUAAUCUAUAUUAUCAUCUGAUAGGGUCUUGCUUGGGACGAUGAUAUCUAGUUGAACUUGUGAGUUACAGCUUCCUGGAAGGCCAGAGAACUUGUAAAGAGCUCAGAGAAACGGCAUAGCAAAGCAUUGGUUACCCCCAAACUGUUAGUUUCUAGCUCCACCACCAUGAAAUGAUACCUUUAUUGAAGUUUUUGAACUGGUGAAGACUUGAAAAGAGCAUACAAUUACAGUGUGUGUUUUUUGAUACUUGAAUGUCAUCUCAUUGUCUUUAAUCUGCAAGACCUCAUUGGUUUGACAUUGACAGUUGGGCAAACAGCAUUACUAGGAGGGAUUUAAAGCUUAAGAAUGGGCAGACGGGAUGAACAAAUCUGAUGAUGAGGAAAAUUAUUCUGAUCAGGUAUAAUAACAGGAACCAACAUGGAUCAUAUUUCUUUUCCUUGGACUGAACUCCUAUUGAGAAGGUCCCGAUUGUCCUUUAGUGUCAAUGCCUUCAACCAAACACCUUCCUUAUUGGUUGACUACAAGCCAACAUGAGACUUUACACGGUGAGGGUUGAAAUACAAGUCUGUUGGACAGAGGGACGAGGAGAGCCUCUUGAGGGGCAAUGCUAUUGUAAGUAUAAAAUCCAGAUUCGUGUUCUUUAUUCUCUACAGUGCAUACCCAGCGUUGUUCAACAAUUUUUUUUAUCGGAAGCCAUGUUAGAUGGUAUCACCAGCAAACUGCCUCAUGCAUGUCAUGAAGAUUGGCCAGAACAAAGAACUGCUUGGUAACACCAGAUAACUUGAUGUAAAAAAUUGUUGCUAAUCAAUAAUCAUGGUGAUUAAUAAUGUAUAGAUUGUUGAUUGUUCGUUGUCUGAAGGCAAAGUCAAGGCGUAAUUCAUUCUCA